UAUCGAACUGUUCUUGUCCCGGUGGUGAAGUCUCCUGGCUUUCCAAAGAUCCCAGGGAAAUCUCUCAGUUUUAUUUACUUUGCACCUGAUGAUGAAAACCCUGCAAUUCAUCGGCCUGUGUUCCUCGAGCUGACGCCAUCGCCUGAGAUGACCUACCGGACCCUGCCCGGGACCAGCAACGAGAUGAACGUCUUGGGAAUCGUCAUCUUCUCCGCAACGAUAGGACUUCUCCUGGGAAAAAUGGGCGAGCGAGGAACUCCGCUGGUUAACGUGUGCCAGUGUCUGAAUGAAGCAGUGAUGAAAAUUGUCUCAAUGGCAGUCUGGUACUUCCCCUUUGGCAUUGUAUUUCUCAUCGCUGGAAAGAUCCUGGAGAUGGAAGAUCCAUCGGUUAUAGGACAGAAGCUGGGACUAUAUGCCAUUACAGUAGUGGCAGGGCUGGUCAUCCACGGACUCGUUCUCUUACCUCUGCUUUUUGUGCUCAUCACAAAGAAGAACCCCUUUGCUUUCAUCCAGGGGAUACUGCAAGCCUUGCUGAUUGCCUUAGCUACAUCCUCCAGCUCAGCAACGUUGCCCAUCACCCUGAAGUGUCUCCUGGAAAACAACGGAAUAGACAGACGCGUGGCACGAUUCGUCCUCCCCGUCGGUGCCACCAUCAAUAUGGACGGCACGGCGCUGUACGAAGCGGUCGCUGCUAUCUUUAUUGCCCAGGUCAAUGAAUACGACUUGGAUUUGGGACAAAUUAUAACGAUAAGCAUAACAGCAACAGCAGCAAGCAUCGGGGCGGCCGGCAUCCCACAGUCCGGACUCGUCACGAUGGUCAUCGUGCUAACUUCUGUUGGGCUGCCAACUGACGAUAUCACACUCAUCAUCGCCGUUGACUGGGCUUUGGACCGUUUCCGAACUAUGACCAACGUCCUUGGUGAUGCUCUGGCUGCUGGCAUCAUAGCACACGUCUGCAGGAAGGACUUUGCCCCAAAGCCCCCCAUGCAAGAUCCAGUAAGCACCACAGCCAAGUUGCCUUCUGUAGAGACGCCACAUCUGCAUCCCAAAGAUAAUGUGAUCGAAAUGAUUGAAGAGACUUUGUUUGACCAGACAGGAGUUCACUAU